UUUGUUCAAUCUAGUUUUCUACAGAGAAGCGUCCUGAAAGUUACUUCUGUCUACAUAUUUUAUAUUGAAAAAUUUGACUUGUCCUUUGAUAUUUAAAUGCAAAUAAGAUAUUAAAGCAUGACAUCAGUAUUAGAAUCUAUGGUAGUGGAUGAGAAGCAGCUUCCAGAAAAACCUGUUGAUAGAGAAAAGACAUGUCCUCUCCUUCUUCGUGUCUUUUGUAAUAAUGGGCGACAUCACAAUAUUAUGGAGUACAGCAGAGGCAAUGUGCCAUCUAAUGAACUACAGAUUUAUACAUGGAUGGAUGCAACGUUACGAGAAAUCACAGGCCUGGUGAAGGAAGUUAAUCCUGAUGCUCGAAGUAAAGGAACCUACUUUGAUUUCUCCUUGGUGACACCAGAGCUGCGAAACUCUGGAUACAGAAUGCGAGAAAUUGGUGUGACUUGUUCAGGACAAAAAGGGGCUGAUGACAACAAAACUUUAGCGCAAGCAAGAUUUACUAUUGGAGACUAUCUGGACAUUUCCAUAACACCGCCAAACAGAAUGAUGCAACCAGCUGCUAGACGAGGAGGACUGCGUCAAUACUAAGACCUUCAAGCAUAUGAAUUAGCUAUUAAGAAUCGUCGUUAACGAUAUGAAAACGUUCAAAGAGAGUUGAAUAUAAUAAUAAAUUUUUUAAAUUGCAA